AUGUCGGCCAUUGCUCUAGUCACCGAGCACCUCGUGCGACGCUCUGCAGACAGUGAUCCCAGCGAAGGCCCUGCCGACCCUGAUCCGAAGCAGCCUUUUCCUUUGAUGGCAGUCAUAAUUCUCUAUUCCACUCUUGCUAUCCUGUGCGUGAUUUCCGGAUGCGUGGGCUACAUCUACGGGAAAGUCGUGACGACGCUGGCCGCUGUCGAGGACCCCAAUCCAGAUGUUUAUGUUCGUAUCGACGAUGACCACGCCCCGCUCAACCCUGAAAUCACUGGAGAUGAUGCGGCCGACGUGCCUCCUCAAAAGCCCGUUACCAGCGGCCUCAAGAGCACCAUCUCGCACCUCACUGCUCGUGCUGGACGAUGGGCUCCAUUCCGCGGUCUGCUCCUCUACAUUUUGACCGGUCUCGCCAUCAAUAUUAUCACCUACCCUAUGUCGGCAAGCUUCCAUAUCUAUGGAAGUGCGUUCGCACGAUUCUUCGCUGAAAUUCUUCUGGCCAACUUGCGAGUGGGCUGGAUUCAUAUCGUUAUCUCCGAGCCAUCUGCCAAAUCCCUUUGGUCUCGAAUCCCUUCAUGGCGCAAGACAUUCAUGAAGAUCGCCCCCGCCGCUGCUCUUCGCUCUCUUGCUGCCCAGAUCGUUACUUUCGUUCCUCUCGUCAUCGUAUACAGCACUAAGGUCCUUGAGUACGGCUCCGAGCCUUCUGCACGUUCCCCCGCUGCUGCUCUUUCCGGUGCCUUCGGUCUCCUCGCACUCUUCCUUGUCCUCUACGUGCUGAUCCAAAUUCCCGCCGAGGUCACGUUUAUCCGCGUUGCCGCUUCUAUGCUCCCCGAAGAUGACGAGACGAUUGUGCCCUUCGACCGCUCCUUCGGUGGAAAGGUUACUCCUGAAAUCAUCGGUGGUCAAGGCAAGAUCGGCAUUGUUGACGCCUGGCGAUCAUUUAGCUGGGGUUCUCGUAUGCGCUUCUUGGGUAUUGUCGGCAAAGUUUUCCUUCUCCAGACCGCUCUUGGUUUGAUGUUUGGUGUCAUUCUCUUCGGCCAGAUACUUUUGUUUUUCGGCAACAAGGGUUUUGACGUUACCGCGAUGGCGACCACUGCAGCUGGGCGCAUGCUCGCUCGUCAACUGCAACAAAUGCAGUCCGACAAAGACAUCCCAGGUAUCAGCUGCGGUCUAGUCGACAACAACGUCUUCGAAUGGGAAGUCAUGCUCAUGAUCUCCGACGACUGCAAAUUCUACGGUGGAGGCUUCUUUCGUGCUCGACUCACUUUUCCCCCGGAAUAUCCUCAUAUGCCCCCCAAGAUGAAAUUCGAGACCCCUAUCUUCCACCCCAAUAUUUACCCGAGUGGUGAAGUCUGCAUCUCGAUUUUGCAUCCUCCCGAAGAGGAUAAAUAUGGCUAUGAGUCAGCUGCGGAGCGAUGGUCGCCCGUUCAAACACCAGAGACGAUCCUGUUGUCGGUGAUUUCGAUGCUAUCGAGCCCUAAUGAUGAGAGUCCUGCCAAUGUGGAAGCGGCCAGGCUGUGGAGGGAUGAUCCGAAGGAAUUCAAGAAGCGAGUGAGGAAGUGUGUCAGGGACAGUUUAGGAGAGGAUUAG